AUGAUAUUUCUCAACAGUUCCAGAAUUAUUAAGAAAGUUUUAACCACGUCUGCUUAUCGUGACGUCACUAACGACCGACCACCAUCUUUUCUGAAGGACUAUCUUUACCAGGGUGGCCAAGAUAUUGGAUUUAAUGACUAUAAUAACCUUUUGGUCAAAUUAAGAAAGAUUUCCCAUACAGUUAUAAGACUUUAUGGUGAAGGGGUACAUGAUUUUGAGAAAAUGAUUAAUCCGGAAGUGGACGUUUUGAUAGAAAAACUGGCACAAGCUACUGAUAAGGAAUCAUUUGAUAUGGAUGCAGCCUUUUCAGAGAGUUUAAUCAGAAUUAUACACGUAUUUUUAACAAAUGAACGUUUAGAAGCAAAAGAAGCAGAAGAAGUUUUCUCAACUGUAGAGGAAUUCAACAACACUUUUAAUCGGAUAAUUGCUGUUGAUAAGAAUUUGAUAUUGUUGAUGUUUCCAUGGUUACAACAUAUUCCUGGAAGUAAUGGUGAUCUAGUCAGGAAAUUACGUCACGAACAUAAGAAAAUAUUGCGGUAUUUUCUUGCUCCUGACAAAACAGAGGUUUGUCACGCAUCUACUAAUUUCCAACUCGGAAAUGGAAGCUUGAUAGGAACACUACGUUUAGAACAGGAUAAUGAUAAGGAAUUAACUGAUACUAUGAUAGAAGGAGUUGUUUCUGAUAUGGUUAUUGGUGGAUUCUCAACGACUCAUGGUGCCCUCGAUGGAAUCUUUCUCCUGAUGAUGAAAUAUCCCGAAGUUCAACGUCGUCUUCAAAAAGAAAUUGAUGAUAGGAUUGGUGAUGAAGAACCAAGUCUUGCUGACAGAUCAAAACUUCCAUACACCAACGCUGUUAUUCUAGAAUGUCUUCGUUACAUACGUCAUAUCCCAUUGGGAAUACCACACUAUGUCCGAGAAGAUAUUGAAAUAGAGGGAUAUACCAUUCCAGCUAAAUCAACAUUAGUAACUAAUUUGUACCACACAUGUAAAGACGAAAUGCAGUGGGAAAAACCAUAUGAAUUUUAUCCUGAAAGAUUUUUAGAUGUUGAUGGUAAUUUACUACCAAGUGAUCACCCAACCAGACAACAAUUGAUACCAUUUAGUGUUGGAAGACGAAACUGUAUUGGCGAAUCAUUUGCUAAAUCACGUAUGUUUUUAUAUGUAACAAGAUUGCUUCAGAAGUUUGAAUUUCAGCGUGGUAAAAAUAAACUUGUUUCUGAAGAUUCGUCAACCUGGAUUCGAUGUGCAGCUUUGCACCCUCAACACCUUAAUUGCAAAAUUGUAGCAAGAAAAUAG